ACAUCAAACCGAAAGUACUUCCCAGUCAGGUGAAUAUUAGGGUGGGAAGAUAAAAUGUUUAUUCUUUCCCAAUAGUUAGUCUUGAAAGGUUGGAACUAAACAGCAAGGCAAUGGCCACUCCUACUUCCUGGGCUCAGGAGGUCAUAACCUGUGACCUUUGUCCUAAGCCUACUCAGCAGUUCUGUAACAACUGUCAGAUCAGUUUAUGUGUGGACUGUGUCAGUAAACAUGUGGACAAAUUCAAAUCCCAAACACAUGACAUUGUUCAUUUCACCAACAGAAAGAUCCAGCCAGUAUUUCCUGAUUGUAAGGUUCACCCCAACCAGAGAUGUGAGGCCCACUGCCAACAGUGUCAUGUCCAUGUUUGUCUGAAAUGCAUUCUCAGUUCCCAUAAAAGUCACAGUAUUGUGGAGAUGCAAGAGAUUUUCAAUGAAAAGAAAAAUUACAUUGAAAAAGAAAACCAAGAAAUUGAAUUCAUCAUUAUUCCCAAGUACAAAAAGAAAAUGGACAAUAUAGCAGGCAAAAUCUCCAUAUCAACAGCAAAGUUUGAUGAACUGGAAAAAGAAGCAGAAAAACACAGAAAACUUUGGCAUCAAGAAGUAGAUAACAUCUUCAACAAAGUUAGCUCCAUGAUCGAGUCCACAAAGGAAAACUUUAUCACUUCUCUAAAAUCUCAUCAAUCAAAGUUUAAAAAUCUUAUUCCAGAUAUGAUGCAAACUGUUGAACAAAACAAAGAAAUCUUAAAGACCAACAGAGUGUCUGAUGUCAACAACUACAAAUCUAAAUUGACAGAAUACAGAGACAUACCAGCUGAUAUUGAUGUCAAAAUUCCUUCAAUGAAUACAAGUACAGCCCAAGGGAGAGAACUAAACAUAGAAUUAGGAGAAUACAAGGCUAAAUUGACACAGACAGCAUUAUCCAGUCUGACAGAUGAAGUCUCCUAUUUGUCUAUGAAGGAGUUAUUAGACAAAGCCAGAGUGAUAGCCACCAUUCCUUCUGGAGUUAAACCAUUAUUCCAAGUGGCCUGUGUAGGAACAGAUGAGGUCUGGGCUGUUGGUAUUGACGGAGUUAUAAGAUGUGUUAACAUACAUGGGUCUCUACAUGAAUCUGUUACCACCACAAGUCAUUACAGUCCAAAUGACAUCUGUGUGACCAAACAGGGAGAACUUAUUUACAUUGAUUCUGACAGUAAAACAGUGAACAUUGUUAGAAGAAGAAGGUCAAAGGUACUGAUCACUCCACCACGUGGCUGGGCACCAGAAAGACUGUGCUGUACAAGGGCUGGAGACAUACUGGUCAAUGUGUCUAGUGAAUAUCAAAACAAAAUACUUCGUUAUCAGGGGAAAAUACUGAAACAAGAAAUUUAUAUCGAUGAACAUAGAAAUCUAAUCUUUAAAGAAGGAAAUAGUGUAUUAAAUCUGGCAGAGAACAACAAUGGAGACAUCUGUGUCUCUGAUUGUAAUGCUGACAUUGUGGUUGUGAUGGACAAGACAGGAAGAGUUAGAUUCCGAUAUGAUGGUACACCAGCAAGGAGAAAGAAGAAAUUUGAUCCUAGAAAAAUAGUGACAGACUCUAUGAGUCAGAUCAUUGUGAUCGAUUAUAACAAUGCCUGUCUACAUAUCCUUGAUCAGGAUGGACAGUUACUGAGAUGUCUUGACAAGUGUUGUUUAGAUAAACCCAUUGGAUUGAGUGUGGACAGUGAGGGAAGGCUGUGGGUAGGAUUAUUUGGUUCAGGAGAAAUUAAAGUGAUUCAGUACAUGGAAUAA